CAAAGCAGCCGCCGAAGAAGGAAGGAGUGAGGCGAGUGAGGUACUUACGUUGGGUAGGCGGUACGUAUCGUCGACGAGGCGUGCCGGUCUGCAAGAAUGUCGUACAGGAACAGGAACACCUUUGCAACACUUCCACGCACCCAGCGUGGCAUGCCUCUUGUGCUGGGGGGCGAUCCAAAGGGCAAAAACUUUCUGUACACAAAUGGAAACAGUGUCAUCAUUCGAGACAUUGCGAACCCCUCCUUGUGCGACAUCUACACGGAACACUCUCAGAUGACAACGGUGGCCAAGUACUCGCCGAGCGGAUUUUACAUAGCGUCCGCAGACCAAACCGGGAAGAUUCGCAUCUGGGACACUGUCCAGAAGGAGCACAUUCUGAAGAAUGAGUUCCAGCCUUUUGUGGGCAUUGUCAAGGACUUGGCUUGGUCCCCGGACAGCCAACGCAUCAUGGCUGUCGGGGAGGGCCGUGAAAGGUUUGGGCAUGUGUUCAUGGCGGAGACUGGCACGUCAGUAGGUGAGAUUGGAGGCCACAGCAAGCAGAUCAACUCGUGCGACUUCCGCCCCACGCGACCUUUCCGCAUCAUCACCGGCAGCGAAGACAACACCGUUGGCAUCUACGAGGGACCACCUUUCAAGUACAAGCUCACCAUUAGUGACCACACCCGGUUCGUGCAGUCUGUCCGCUACUCGCCCAGUGGCGAACUCUUUGCGAGUGGAGGCUUUGAUGGAAAGAUGUUUCUCUACAAUGCCAGCACGUAUGAGAAAGUCGGUGAAUUCGGAUCUCCCGCCCACGGCGGUGGGAUCUAUGCGGUGUCCUGGAGCCCCGAUAACACCAAGAUACUAACGGCAUCUGGAGACAGGACCUGUAAGAUUUGGGAUGCCAGCACCAUGUCCGUGGUCACGGAGUUCGUGAUGGGGACAGAUAUUCUGGAUCAGCAAGUGAGCUGCCUCUGGCAAGGCAGCCACUUGUUGUCAGUCUCGCUGUCUGGUUUCAUCAACUAUCUGGACGUCAACAAUCCAGAGAAGCCUCUCCGAGUCCUCAAGGGACAUCACAAAUCAAUCACUGCCCUGGCUGUGAGCCCCAAUCGGGAAACAGUGUACACUGGCAGCCACGACGGUUACAUCAGCUUCUGGGACGCCGCGUCGGGAGACCAAGAUCGUGUGGCCGGUGUCACCCACACCAAUCAGGUGCAAGACAUGUGCACCGGGACAGACUCGGUGUACACGUGUGGUCUGGACGACACUGUUCGCUCCAUCGACCUGCUCUCCAACCAGUACUCGAAUUUGAGCAUCAAGAUGGACUCGCAGCCGAGGGGCAUGGCAACUGCUGAUGGAAAUUUGGUCGUCGUGGCUGGCAUAAAUGACAUUUCUCUCUUGGAGAACGAUCUGAAGGUGGCGACGCAUCCCAUCGACUACGAGGCGAGCUCUGUCACCAUUCACCCCAAGGAACAAGAGAUUGCCGUUGGCGGUACCAAGGACCACAAGGUGCACGUAUAUGUGCUCAAGGGACAUAACAUUGAGGAAAAGACAACCAUGGACCAUGCGGGUGCCAUCACUGAUGUCAGGUUUUCCCCCGAUGGCCAGUACCUGGCAGCGUCGGACUCAAACCGGAUGGUUCGGCUCUACGUCAGCUCUUCUUAUGAGCUGGCGCACAACCUCGACUGGUGCUUCCAUACGGCCCGGGUGAACUGCAUUGGCUGGUCACCCGACUCAAAGUUCCUUGCUACUGGUAGUUUGGACACGGGAGUGAUUAUCUGGAGCACCGAGCAACCCACCAAGCACAUCAACAUCAAGAAAGCUCACCCCCAAAGCCAAAUCACCAGGCUAGCAUGGUUGGACAAUUCAACGAUUGUGUCCGCCGGCCAGGACAGCAACGUGAAAAUAUGGGAGAUAAAGUUCUCUUGAAGCCGUACUGCCCUGGCACUGGCCCCGUGGCAAGAAGAUGGUUUGGGUUCCUUCCGUUCAAGUAGCCGGAUGUUGUGCUCUUCUCCCACAUCUUUCGUUUUGGCACCGAGAGAUUUUCCUUUUUUUUUCUUCUGAUGUGACUGUUUUCCCAAAAUGGAGUAGUUUUUAAAACCACGCAUCCCUUUGCAAAGGGGAGGCUGUCCCCCCGAAUUAUUUGCUUGAAUUCUAUGCAGGUGUGAGUCUAGUGGCUUAUGGUAAUUUAUUGUGGUAGUGGAAUGAAAGAAGACCCUUAUGAGUAUUAAUGUUUCAGCCGUGAAACCUACACGGCCUCCCUCCUCCCCUGGCCCACUGUGAAGGGGGAGAAUGGGAGUUGCCCCAUAAAAGUCAAUAUUUUGCUAACACAUUUCUUUUAGAGGUGGACUUGAGAGUGAAUAGAUCGACAGGAGGAUGUUCAUGGACAUUUUCGAGCAGUUGGUGCUUCCCUAAGUCUGCCUUUUAGUCAAGUGUUAUUCAAGCGUCUUGUUAGAUUUUCUUUUGGUGCGGUCAGUCACUGUUUGCUUGCUGUUUAUCUGUCUGGUGGACAUCUGCGACGCUUUCUUUUAGUUUACGAGCACAUGCAUUGUACGAGCCUUACAGGAUGCCUUGCCCCUGUCGUUUGGUCACUUCCUAAGGAUUCUAAACUGUGUAUGAAGUUUUUUGCACGGUAUCUGCCAUUGAUGCAACACUGUCUGAUAUCUGUGGAGGCAUGAGUGAUGGGAUCAACUUCAAAAGUGGUAUGAAAGUUGCAAAGCAUUUUUUAUGUGAACACUUUGGAGCUACUAACUGUACUUGAUAUUUUUUAAAUACUUGAGGCAAUUUGCCAAUAAAAGGGGAAAGCAUUGCC